UGAGAGCUUUGGAGGUUGCAUCCAACCGCCUACAGAAUUGGCAACAACGUCCGCGGGCGAAGAACCUUCUACCUCCAGGAUCGAGUUCCACAUUCCUGGAGAGGUGCACCCCGCAGCUUCGGCGCACAGCAGUUGGCUGCCGAUGGGUGUUUCUUACGCAUCAUCUGAUGACGAGAGUGAGCGUUUGGUGGCCACUGAUUACUCUUCUGGACCACAGUCCUCUUCCAGUAGACCUUUGCUUCGUGCUAACUCCAGUAGUACGAAGUUGGUUGUCACCGACUGCUCUUCGGAGGAUCUUUCCACAACACGGGCGAGUCCAACGCAAGUGCGAAGUGAUGAUGCAAUUCCAAUUGAGAGUCAGUCUCGGCCGGAAGCGUCUGGCAGAGGUGAUGCAGAGAGAAGGGCGCUACUGCAGAUUUUGCCCGCACCUCUGCCAGGCAAAAGACGAUGGUAUAGCAUAGCUAAUAGGAACGCUAGGAGGAAAGAACAGUACAAAAGAGCAAGGAACUUGCUGUCCGAAAAAAGACUGCUCAUGAUGCGCGGCAUGGCAUGUUGCAAGGCUCGAUGUUGUUACGAUGUGUUACCUGAGGAAGUGCGAAAGGUUAGACAAGGACUGCACAGUAAGAGUCCGGGAGAGCGAGCUGAGUGGUGGAUGAAAAGUAUUAAGGAUUUCACAGUAAAUGAGGGUGGACAGAAACGUGUCCGCCCUGUGGAGUUGGAACGUUCGAUAUGCGUCAGGGUGUACUACAAUGUACUCGGUGUCUCGCGUAAUACAUUUUACAGCUACAAAAAACGUUUCGAUGAUGGCUACGUGCAUUCCGAGCAUGGCCUGACGGGAAGAUAUCGGCCAACCGACAAAACGGUCGUCAUGCUUGCCAGCAUGAGAACGUUCAUUGAGUGUCAUGUGGAUAGCAUGCCAAAUGAGGUGGCUAACCAAGGCGGGGUUUGCAGACCGAAGUUUCGACUACCGACUGCUUUCACGAAGAGAUCAAUUUAUGAGUCCAUCAAAUCCGACUUUCUGGCCGCUGGCCUCGAUAUCGUGUCUGAGUCCAACUUUUAUAAGCUGUGGCGGAAACACUUUUUCCACGUUUCCCUCGCGCAAUCUAACACGUUCACGAAGUGCGCCGUCUGUCAUGAACUGAAGGAACGUAUACAAUAUGCUGCUCUUCCUCGAGAUCGAGAACGAGCUCAAGAGGAUAUGAAAGCACACCAAAGGAGGCAAGUUGAGCACAGAUUGGACUACAGUCGAGCGAAAACUGAUUCCAUGGUUCGUCCGAACGAGCGUUUGAUGAACUAUUACCAGACUUCAGCCCGCGCAAACACUUCCAGCUCGUCUCACGGCGACGUAUCGCCAAACAGGAUUCCCGAUCUUGGUCUCUUCAUUUUGGACAAGAAUAUAUGGGAGUCUGAGCGAGUAAACUGUUCACGCCGAUAUCUAAACAUCGAAUCAGAUGUUGCGCUGGAUGGGCAAGUUCCAGUGAUAUUGAGGAUGGGCGCCACCGCGGAUGACCUUGUGGUCGAUAGAGAUAUGGGUUGGAACUUUUGGUACCUGUACUCCUUGAAAGACGAUAUAGAUGUAGAGCCCGUCGACGAGCAAGGAGAUCAAGAACUUGCCACUCCUGAAGAUAUGAUAGACGAGUGGCGUGUCCACUGUGCGAAGCAGAGAUGGUCAGACCCCGACAGAAGGCACAUAAAGCUUUGUGUCUGGUUAUGCCUGGGACAACCGGUUGUGCCCGCACCGGCCAUCAUAGACUAUUACGGUUGCAUUCGGGUAUUCAACCGUAACACGACGGUGGUGACGCUGUUCACGACCGUGAAGGUUGACGGUCGAAAGAUGGAAGCGCUUUUCAUUGCAAAGGAGGAGUUCCGAGGAGUCGCCCUCAAUUUCGUGCAAGCGUUUCGCAACCCCACGGUCGAGGGUGCGCUUGGACGCUUCAGAGAUCAGUUGUCGCACGAUGCGGCAUUAAGGAAGGAGCUCAACUCCAGAGUCGACUGUUUGGUGCACUCUUAAAUGGAUAUCGGGACUUCAUCGCAGAGUAGGAACUCCUCAGCGCCGGAGAUCGAUCUAAUGAUUUUGUCGAAGAACAUUUGGGAAGACAUUGGACGCUCUGGUCUGGACCGUGACUACCUGCACCUCGAAGAUGAUGUUGCCCCGGAUGGGGAAAUCCCUUCGUGGCAAAGUGCGGAAGAAGGACACCUUCGGAUUUGCCGUGAUGUAGGGUCGAACUUUUGGUACUUGUACACUCCGAUGAAGGAUGUACAGGCAUAUCCUAUCGGGUUGGAGUCACUUCUGAAGACGGAACCCGUCGAAGUGGAACCCAUCAUGGAGUCGAUCUUCUCGACACCACGGACCAUGAGUCCCGAGAUGCACAUUCGAUUGGAAGAACCAUUUCCUCCUUGUGCGAGAUCCGUGCGGUAUUUCAACGGUGUGACUUCGAUCCACGAAGCGACCGCAGAGGAAUUCGACGAGGACCUAUGGAUGACCGUCGUCCCGUGCAUGGACGAGCAUCUUGACGAUUGGGGCGAGGGCAAUUGGGACACGAUGGUGAGACUCUGCCCUUGGGCAAGCCAGUACAAGUUCGCCAACAUGUUGGAGUUGGGGAACCUCAUCCCACUGCCUGACGCUGUCCUCGGACAGAAGUUCCUGAACCGUAUGUGCAGAGCACUAAGCUGCAUUAGUCACUAUUUCAGUCGCCUCGAGUGCCACUACGUAAGGUCGUCGCCACGAACUUGGGGAGGCUCGCGGAAACAAGAGUUGGUGGACUGCGCUCGUCACUGCUCGUUCCUAGAGCAGUACCUACUCCGUUGCCCCGGGAUUUCUCCACGAGCUGUGUCGUACUGUUGUGUGCGGUUGACUGUGUCCGGAUCUGAUUUCACCAGAGUUCUGUAUGUCGCUGCUUCGCACAAGAGUAGGGAACUCGUUGAUGCAGUUGUGCUUGUAUCGCGCAAUGAGGUGUGUAAUGUUGUCGAGACCUUCGACAAGCGUCAGCAUGAGUCACGGGAUGCACAUGCGCUUGAGUCCCGAGAAGCACAUGCGCUUAGCAAGACCGUUUCACCUUGUGCGAGAUCGGUGCGGCAUCAUGACGGUCAAACGUGGAUCGAUGAAGCAGCCAAGGAGGACUUCGACGAGGACCCAUGAAUGACUGUCGUCCCGUACAUGAACCGACAUCU